GCCAUAUCGAAAGUUAGUUUCGCAACUGAGUGUGUAUGUACAUGAUGAAACCGGCUGUAAUGUCCGAUACCAAACACAGGAAGCACUAGAUAUCGCGGCAAAUAGUGUCACCGAUACACGAUGAUAACAUUGGGUCAUUUAGUUUACAUUGUAUUGGCCAGGACUUGGAAGAUUUUAACUGGACAAAAUGCAGUGGAACAGCACUUGGCAGCCAAUAUAAUCAAAGAAAAUCCAGGAGGGCAGCUCCUAAAUGAAGAAGAUACAAAACGUGAUUGUAUCCUUCUCAGUCGGGCUACUUCGAGUAAUAACACUGAUGCUAGGAGGCAAAAACAUGCUUUAAAGUCAGCUGAAAGAACAAAUAAUAGUACUCUAUCUAAAAAUGUCUUGCACAAGCAAGAAGAGAAUUAUGAACCCAAUCAAGAGACGUCAAAAAAGAGAACUACAGAGGGCGCCAGACACAGUACCAUAAGCAAUGAUGAGUAUCAGUCUGCUGCAGAAGACGUUGAUUUGGAUACAAUUGAUUGGUGCAGUUUAAGUGGGGACAAAUUUUUAGUCAAGUUGGAAAUGUUAUGGCUCAGUGAUAAGAAAAACACUGUGCCAUCAGUUUUGAGAAAAAAGUUUCGAAGUAUCGAAGAUCCUCAUGGAUUUGUGCUCUAUCUUUUGAGGGCUUCCAAGUUGCUAACUGCUGAUGUAAAGCUGCAGGCUCUGAAAGCUGGUAAUAAUGUCUUCAGUAGUGUGUUUGAUACCAUAGUAAAAGUCUACGAACUCGACAGUCCUGGAAACGAGUGUUUACUACCGUACAUUAAUCAGCUGUUACACAAGCAUCACUAUAAAGAGGCUGCGAAUUGUGUUUCUAAGUUGAAUUUACAGCAUUGUUUUACUCUCAAUGAGAUCGUCUUACCAUUGAUAUAUCAAGACAAGGGGAAUAUGGUAGAGAGGUAUUUACAUGGUCAUAAAGAUUUACAAAUUGAAUUAGUGAAGCUACUUGAUUCAUACUGCGAUAAAGAUUUUGAUUUGAACGGUAUAAUUGCAAACUGUCGUGUUCCAUUACUGCGUAAAGACAAGUUGCGACCACGCCAUCUUUGUAAACUUGUAAUGAGACUUGUGAAGUUGUACAAGCUGGAUGGAAGUCUCUGUCCCAACGUCACUAAUGUUAAGAAUAUGAGCGGGAUUAAGUUUCUACUUUAUAAAAAGUACAUAGAGAAAUCAAUGGUUUCUGAUAGUUGGAAUGAACUGGUUGAGAAUGCAGUGAGUGGUAACCCAUGGUUACAAGAGCAGUUAGUGGAUCAUAUUGUGUCGUACAAUGACAUAGAUGCUGCUGCAUACUGGGCUAUGCUGUACAAUGUGCCCGAUGAGCGGCUACAUAGCAGGGUAACUGAAGCAAUUGCCGCUAAGAGUAAAGAAGUGCUAGUGGAUGCAACUGGAGAUAAACCUGAAGACUGUGAUGAGAAAGUCAACUGUGAAGACCUUGUGAAAUAUCAUCAACUGUUGUUUCCAGUGGAGCAUAUUCAGAUGGUUGAUUCUGAAGACGGUUUGAAUAAAUGCGCUGAGAUACUGUUUAAACCCGGUGCUAUUAUUGGUAUCGAUUCUGAAUGGCGUCCAGCAUUUGGUCCUAUCUGUGAACCCGUCAAAGUGAGUUUGUUGCAGCUGGCAUCUAUUGAUGCUGUGUUUAUUUUAGACAUGAUGACCUUAUCGCAGUGUGUUGACGUUGACAUCUUGAAAGAUUUUAUGUUGAAAUUGUUCACAACCCAUGAUAUCCUAAAAUUGGGUUAUGGUAUUGAUGGCGAUAUCAAAAUGUUGUUCAAGUCCUAUCCUUUGAUGAGGAAUGCAGCCGACUUGCAAAGAAUUGUAGACUUAAGUGUGCUCACAAGAAAUAUACAGAAAGAGUCACCUGAGUUACUACAGAAUAGCAGUACAACUGAAGACGCGAGUGGUGAAGGCAGUGGAAAGAAAGGAAAAGAAAAAGGCCUCAGCGAACUCGUACAACGCUGUCUUGGAAAACCUCUGAAUAAAAUGGAAAGACUUUCUGACUGGGAAAGGCGGCCUUUGAGACAGGCACAGCUUAUAUAUGCAGCAUUAGAUGCUUACUGCUUAUUGGAAGUCUAUGACCAUAUUAGGAAUAAAGUGAAAGAAUCAGGACUGGACAUAAACCUUGAGCCGCCACUGCCGAAAAAGACUCCAAAAGUUAAGAAAAGCAAACCUGAUGGUGGCAGUGAAGGUGGUGGAAGUACUGAUAACUCAGGAGUUGUCAAAGCAAGCCGUGCCCCGCAAAGACCAGUAAUGUUGCAUCACCAGCCAACAGGUCCAUCCAUUUCUCCAAGCGAGUUCCAUGUUGUAUGUGAUACCAUGCUACAAGGGCUUGGUAGACAGCUCAGGUGCUGUGGUGUGGAUGUACGGAUACUAGACAACACAGAGGAACAUGACAAAGCAGCCGAGAUUGCCCGAAGAGAAGGCCGUGUGAUACUGACUUCAGGAAUGCCAUAUCAAACACUGCGUUCUCAAGUCGGUGAGGGCAUGUGUUUUUGUGUCAGCAAUAGAAAAGCCAAACACCAAGUAAAAGAAGUACUGAGGCAUUUCAAUGUGUACGUAGCAGCUAGAGAUAUCUUUAGCAGGUGUCAGGUGUGCAACGGAAAUCAGUAUAUAACCAUUCCAGUGGACACCAUGAAACAAGCAAUUGCACAGAAGAGGAAGGCGAAGGACGUGGACGUAGACGGAGACCGACUCAAUGAGCAGCAAUCGUUGGAGUUAGAGCUAAUAGAAGGCACUGAGAAAGCGUACGACAUUCAGCGAAAAGACAGAGCGAUUGAAGAAACUGGUGCUGGGUAUGUAUCUCCUGAAAUUGUUGCCAAAGGAAAUCGCCAAGAGAAAGCUGAUGUAGAUCUGGUUACCAUGGGAGCUGAUUUGCAAAGUGAUGUCGCCAAGGAGAAUGUGACUCCAUUUAAACUAUCAUAUGGCAUUAUUAAAACUGGACCAAAUGAAGGGGAGGGAGGCAUAUUGGAGGAGGAGGAGGACGACGACGACGACGAGGAGGGGGGAGAUAACACAAAUAGUGAAGUGUUACUCAUGAACCGUCCAGCGAGACCUCCGUAUCAGCCACAGUUCUGCAGAUCGGCCGAGUCGAUGAUGAUCAAUACAGAUAACUGGACACUGGAAAGUGGUGUUGAGAUCCAAGUUGAUCGUGUUCCCGAAGGUAUUUGUGAUAAAGUGGAGGUGUUCUAUAGUUGUGCUUCGUGCGGUAAAGUGUUUUGGGAGGGCAGACAUUAUGUUCGGGUGUUUGAUCAGUUUGAGCACGUUCUUCACAAGGACGAUUAG